AUGCGCUUUUACGCCUCGUUUUCUCUAGCCUUUGGGCUUGUGGCUGCCGGCCCUUGCAAGCCGUUGACUUCAGGUUCAACUGCUGUUUCUGCAACUUUCUCCUCUUCUGUAACCGAGAUCUCUAGCACGCUCGCUGAGUCCGCGACUUCUACAGUCGAAACUCUCGCUACUGAAACUUCAACUGGGGUUGAAUCUGAGACAUCGACUGCGAUCGACACCACCGUUACUGAAGCCUCAACUUUUGUUGGCUCUGCCACCACCGAAACUACCGAUGUCACUAUCUCGGCUUCUGAGGCGUCGUCUCAGGCGACCUCCGCCUCGACGCUAUUCACAUCAGUGACUUCUGCUGAGGCGACCACCGCCGCGUCAACCGAGACAACAGCUGUUGAGACGUAUGCAGCUACCACGACCACAGCUGAGGCUUCUUCUACAGCCAUGGCGACUACCACCACAUCAGAAGAGCCUGCUCCCACUGACCAUCUCCUCAUCGCCGGUCAAGGCGCCGCCCAAGGCCUCCCCCUGAAAUCGACGAAUACAAAUGGCGAUUACAUCAUCUUUGGUGACCGUUCAUCAAGGUGGACAGUCGGCCGCUUCGUCAUCGAUGACACCACCGGAUACCUCACCCGAGAUGGCAUUCCCGUCUGCGCAAAGUACCAUUUCAUGGAUAGAAGCGCCGCCUUGACUCCUUGUUCAACCGAGUACUACCAGUAUGGCACGGCUCGCCUCACCUGUGCGCGAAAUCCUGCGGCUGGUACUGCUCUUCAGUGCUCUGCCGUGAAGUUGGACUGUGUGUCCAAUGGACCAGGUGACAGCCAAGGCUGUACUGUUUCGACUGAGGCCCAUUGGACCAAGUUCUUUAUCAGCACUAGCUCCGACUAUACUGUGUACCUCGGUGCUGAUGACUUGGCAGUGUCGUACCGAGUGCCUGUAGACAUUUACGUGGAUCGAGCUCCCACUAUUGUUACUCCAACUGCACCUUAG